ACACCUAUUUUGUGCUAUUGAAACAAUAAAAAAAUCCUAUUUAAUUACGCAAGAUCAAUUAUUUAAUAACUUGUUUCUAUUCGUCUAACUGGAUUUCAGAAUCGUUAAUGUGGAUAAAUAAACUUUGAUAAUUUCAGCCACCAGUGGCGUAACGUACAUUCAUUUUAUUAUGUCAACACAUUAUUCAAAAUUUUUGUCAUGUCAGAACAACCUCCAAAAUCCAUUCGACAGGAGUUAGCACCUCAUCCUUUCCACCUCGGAAUCACAACCAGAGUAAUGGCCCAGAAACAAAAAGCGCUAUUAAAAAGAGACGUCUCUGAAAAGAGUUCUCACAGAAGCUCCAUAAGCGGCCAAUCCAGAUUCUUAUCCGGGACUUCAAUUCCCAAUUCUACAAUUCGUUCCAGCCUAGACAAUUCCAUGCAAGCAGUAACCACCGAAAGCAGAGUUCCGUCGCCACAGUUGUCGAACGCUUCUCGAAAAUUGCUGCUGAACGAAUCGGACGACGAUUUGAAAAGGAAGCGCCUUUCGGAACAAAGGGGUCUGGAGCGCAUGCGUAAAAAAAUUCACAGUUCGACUUUCGCAAAAACGGAAGAUUUGAAGCAAAACACGAGGAAGCGGUUGUCCAGUGUUAGAACUUUGGAAUCAAUGAUCUCCCAACCCAAAAUGCGGCGCUCGACUCUCGAGUCCAUAAAAGACGCUAUUGAAAAAUCGCCGAAUUAUGUGUCGAAGCUUGUGAAUGUAGACAGUCUGGAGAAAAAAAAUAUCGGCCAACACUUCAAGGUGCUCACCGCAGAUUCAGCAGUAGAGAUGAAAAAUGAGAAAAUGGAAGUCGUGGAAGAAAAAGUAAUAGAGAAAAGGGACUUGCAAACGCAGACGAGUUUUCUUCUUGAAAAAUUGUACACCUAGAUGCACUCCAGUUAAGCGAAUAUUGAACGAAAAUAUGUCUUAAUUUUAAUACGAACUAUUUUUUAAGAUGACUUAAACUGAAAUUUGCGUUGUUUUUUUUUUAGAUUUUAAAUUAAGUUUUUAAUUUAAGUGACUAACAACACUGCGUA